AUGUUGCCUCCUAAAAUUGAUCCACAUAAGGCAUAUAUCCCACCAGUUGAUUUCAAAAUGGGCGAGUCANUUCCGAUAAAAAAAACGAAUGUAUCUUUUAGAAGUUAUACGGGACAAAUUUUUAAGCCUCUUGGUGUUGCUCAGAUUAAAGUAUCAUAUCAAAAUAAAUCUAGCUUUGAAGAUUUGUAUGUUGUUUCGAUAAAGAAAAAUUCUAUAUUAGGGCGUGAUUGGAUUAGAAACUUGAAUAUUAAUUUAAAUGAUCUUCACAUUAUUUCUGCACAAAAUACAAGUAUUAAACCCAGCAUUUCUUCUACUGAUUUUUCUAUACAGAAAAUUAUUGAUUCUUUUUCUGAUGUGUUUGAACCUAAAAUUGGUUGCAUUCCUGAUUAUACUUGUACACUAAAGCUAAUUCCAGAUGCUAAACCCAUUUUUAUUAAACCACGUACUGUACCGUAUGCUUUAAAAUCAAAAGUAGAACAAGAAUUAGAUAAAUUAGAAGCGGAAGGUGUAAUAGAAAAAAUAGACGUAUCAGAAUGGGGUACACCCCUAGUAGUUGUCCCAAAGCAUGAUGGCACAAUUCGUAUUUGCGCAGAUUUUAAAGUUACAAUUAACAGUCAGCUUCAAAAUGCCAGACACCCAAUUCCUAGAAUUGAGGACAUUUUCAAUAAAUUACGCGAUGGGAAAUAUUUCUGUACGCUCGAUAUCCACAAAGCAUAUUUACAUUUGAAAGUCGAUGAAGAAAGUGCAAAAUAUCAGACUCUUUCUACUCAUAGAGGUACAUACUUAGCAAAAAGAUUAUUUUUCGGAAUAAAAACUGCACCAAAUGAAUUCCAUAAAUUUAUUGAUCAGUUUGUCCAAGAUUUGGAUGGAACUAUUGCCUACUUUGAUGAUAUUAUCAUCCAAGGAAAAGAUAAACAAGAUUGCCAGCAACGUUUAAUUAAAGUAUUAGAAAAGUUACGGGAACAUAAUUUGCAUCUUAAUCUUAACAAAUGUAGAUUUUUCGAGGAAAAAGUUCAGUAUUUGGGACAUGUUAUCAGUUCUGCUGGACUACACAAAUCACCUGAUAAAAUUCAAGCUAUAUCCGAAACACCUCGACCAAACUCCGUUGAUGAUGUUCGUAAAUUCAUUGGACUUGUCAUGUAUUAUUCUAAGUUCAUUCCAGAUGCUUCCAGCCUACUUCAUCCACUAAACAAACUCUUAUGUAAAAACGCACGUUUCCGAUGGACUGCAGAAUGUGAAUCUGCGUUCAUAAAAGCAAAAUCAAUUAUAACCAGUGACCAGAUUCUAGUGCCUUUCAAUCCAGCUCUUCCAGUAACAUUAGCUACUGAUGCCAGCCCUUUUGGACUUUCAGGAGUUCUUUCACACACUAUGCCAAACGGUAUAGAGCGUCCUAUCGCUUUUGCUUCCAGAAGUCUCACAGUUGCCGAGAAAAAUUACAGUCAAUUGGAUCGAGAAGCUACAGCUGUGGUUUUUCAACUGAAACAAUUACAGCAAAACAAAUUCAAACAGAAACAGAGCUUGAUCCUGCUGGAAAUAAAAUACGAUAUUGUUAUUGGAAACAAGUUUGAUCCCAGUAUAACCAUUCAAGAUGGAAUCUUAUUUAGAGGAAAUCGAGUUAUCAUUCCCAAAUCUCUUCAACCUGAAAUGCUCAAGCAACUACAUGCUACACACAUAGGAAUUGUGAAAAUGAAAGCUUUAUCUCGAAACUACUGCUAUUGGAAAAACAUUGACACCGAUAUUGAAAACAUGGUUAAAAGUUGCCGUGAAUGCUGUGAUGUAAGAAAAAAUCCAGCGAAAGCACCUCUUCGCAUAUGGGAAACACCGGAGAAAAAUUGGCAACGCGUGCACAACGACUAUGCCGGACCCUUCAUGGAGCAUCAAUUUUUAAUUGCUGUGGAUUCACUUUCAAAAUGGCCUGAAAUUUUUGUUAUGAAGACAUCUCCUACAUCAUCAAACACAAUUUAUUAUUUAGAAGAAAUUUUUAGUCGUCAUGGAUUGCCUGAAAUUUUAGUUUCUGAUAAUGCCGCAAUUUUUAAGUCAGCAGAAUUCCAACAUUUUUGUAAGUCAAAUGGUAUUAAACAGCGUCUUAUUGCUCCAGGCUAUCCAGCUACAAAUGGCCAAGCAGACCACUAUGUCCAGAUAUUAAAAGAGAAAUUAAAAUGCAUGAAGUAUCAUCCAGGUUCCCUCCAUAGUAAAUUAUGCAAACUACUUUUCCGAUACAGAAUAACACCAUUGAACAAUGAAAAAACUCCGUCAGAAAUGUUAUUUGGUAGAAACUUAAGAUGUGAAUUCGACUUAAUCAAACCAACUAAAGGACAAAAAAAUAAUGCCUUGCAGCCAGAAUUUAACAAAAUUUUCAAGUUAGGAGAAAGAGUACAGUCUCGCAACUAUACAUCAUCUGCUAAAUGAAAGCAUGGAACUGUUGUUGAAAAACUUGGACGACUUCACUAUCUCAUUGAAUUAGACGACGGUUAUGUGAUC